AUGAGUGUGGAGCGAGAGAGGACCCUGGAGCAUGUACUCAACUAUCUGAAACGUGCUCAGCUCGAGAAUCCCGGUUUCUUGUAUGCAAUUGAGGAAGAUGGCGGAAAUGUUUUCUGGGCAGAUCCAACUUGCAGGUUGAAUUACACCUACUUUGGUGAUACUCUAGUUUUUGACACCACCUACAGGAGGGCCAAGAGGUACCAAGUCCCAUUUGCUGCCUUCACCGGCUUCAACCAUCAUGCUCAGCCUCUUCUCUUUGGUUGUGCUCUCAUACUCAACGAGUCUGAGUCCUCCUUUGCGUGGCUCUUCCAGACUUGGCUUCAAGCAAUGUCUGCUCCCCCUCCUCCUUCUAUCACUGUUGAACCUGAUAGGCUCAUACAGGUUGCUGUUUCUCAAGUUUUUACUCACACCCGCCUUCGUUUCAGUCAGCCCCUCGUCUUCAGGGAGACCGAGGAGAAACUUGCUCACGUCUUUCAGUCUCAUCCUACCUUCGAAUCCGAAUUUGUAAAUUGCAUUACUGAGACAGACACGCCUGCUGAGUUUGAGGCAUCUUGGGACUCGAUCAUCAGAAGAUACUAUCUAGAGGAUAACGACUGGCUCCAGUCCAUCUAUAAUGUUAGGCAUCAAUGGGUCCCUGUUUUUAUUCGAGACACCUUUUAUGGAGAGCUAUAUGCAGAUGAAGGAAGCAACAUGUUGAACUCAUUCUUCCAGGGGUUUGUGGACGCAUCAACUACAAUGCAAAUGCUCAUAAAGCAGUAUGAGAAAGCAAUUGAUAGUUGGCGUGAGAAGGAACUGAAAGCAGAUUAUGAAGCAGCUAACUCUUCUCCAAUUAUGAAGACGCCCUCUCCCAUGGAAAAGCAAGCUGCUAGCAUAUAUACAAGGGCUGCGUUCGUGAAGUUUCAGGAGGAGUUUGUUGAGACCCUUGCAAAUCCUGCAAAUAGGAUUAGUGAUUCCGGAACUCGCACCACUUAUCGUGUGGCUAAGUUUGGAGAAGUUCACAAAAGUCAUACUGUCAAUUUUGACUCUUGUGAGAUGAAAGCUAAUUGCAGCUGUCAAAUGUUUGAGUAUUCAGGGAUCAUUUGUAGACACAUAUUGGCGGUAUUCAGGGCCAAAAAUGUUCUUACUCUUCCAUCCCGGUAUCUACUAAGGCGAUGGACCAAAGAAGCAAAGACUAGAGGCACCGAGGAACAACCCGUGUUUUCAAACAGUUGUCAAGAAUCUUUAAGCGUCUCCUAUGACAGUCUACGCCAAGAAGCAACCAAGUAUGUGGAGGAGGGCGCGAAAUCUAUUCAGAUUUAUAAAGUUGCGAUGGAUGCCUUAGAUGAAGCUGCUAAGAAGGUUGCUGCUGCAAGUAGCAAAAUAAGAGGAGCAACGCCUGGAACUACACUUUCCAAUGGGGAUUCUUACCCAUCUGAGGAAGCUCAAGAAACUGCAAAUGCAAUGAAUCAUCCAGGGGUUGAAAAGGAGAGGACAAUAAUUGAACUCACAGCCGAAUUGGAGAGGACAGGUCAGCGAUGUGCAGUUUAUCGAGCAAACCUGCUGUCUAUUUUGAGAGAUAUGGAAGAACAGAAGUUUCAGCUGUCCCUCAAGGUACAAAAUGCUAGACUGAGCUUGAAAGAGUGA